CCCCAUUCCCACGCAGCGCCAGCUUGCUCAGCUCCUGGGGCCCCCCUUCCUUCCGCCUAACCCCCCCGGGUGUCUGUUCCCCUGCCCUUACCUAGAGGGCCCCCCCAUGACAGUCCCUCUGGAAGCCCAACGCCCUCACCUUGUCUCCCCCCCCGGCAGCCCCGCCACGACUGACCCUGCUGCAGCCCCUGGUGACGCUGCAGGGGCAGGUCACUCUGCAGUGCCUGGUGAGCGGCUACCACCCCCCCGAGAUCACGGUGCAAUGGCUGCGGAACGGGGAGCCCCUGCUCACCAUGGAGUCAGCCCCCACGAAGGAAGCAGACGGGUCCUUUGCCCUCCGCAGCGGCUACAUCCUCGACCGGCCAGAGAGCAACGCCCAGGCCAACUUCGCCUGCCGCGUGCAGCACCAGGCGCUGACUACCCCGCUGGAGAGCACAGCCACCUGGAUAGUCCCCAGGUGCCCCAAGACGUGUUUAUGGGUCAUCGGACUGAUCCUGCUGGUCUUGCUGGUGCUGCUCACCCUGUGGAUCUUGUACCAGUGCUGUAACAUCAGCAUGUCCUCGAGCCGUGCCCGGGAGUGUUGGCCGGAGGGCAGCGUGACAGCACUGCUCUGCGAGGCGGAGGGGACGCUCUGCGACACAGACAGCCUGACCUGGAGGAGCCAGCGCCAGGGGAAGGAGCUGGGGCCUGGGCAGCCCGGGGAGCUGAACACGCUGAUGCCGAAGCUGGAGCAGCACCGCGUGGUGACGUGGCAGCGCAACCUCGGGCUGGGCAGGCGGCGGCUCACGUCGGUCGUCACCAUCCAGACCCCGUGCGAAGAAGACACUUUCAGCUGCACGUUCCAAGGCGCGAGGGGCAUGAAGCAGAGGCACAUCACAAUCCCCGGCGUGCCAGCGGGUGAGCAGGGCACGGACCGGGGGAAAGGGGCU